UCAUGACUGGUGACUUCAGCUAUUGGCUCCGAGCACUGGCUGUCUGACUCCAUCUGCAGGGCUGUAAUACCUACUCUCCUCCGAUCCAUUCACCACACAACUUCAGCCGGCCGAACAGACUCACGCGGCUCCAGCACAUCUUGCUAACCUAAUUCAGAAAACAAGUGCUACGGCUCUCUGCCUGUCACCUUCGCGCAGUGUAGCAUUUUCAGGUGAUCUAGGAAACUGGGUUAUUUUUAUGAGCAAAUAAGAGAAACAGGAAUCAUGAUGGGGAUGUAUUUAACAGACCCAGUACUGGAUAAAACUUAAAGCCAGUUUCUAAUUCAACAUAGUAAAAAGGUCACCUUGCCCGGCUGAGAAAAGAAGCAAAAUAUCAGCUUGCUGGUCUCUGCUCUCAUCUUAGCUCGUGCUAGCCUCUUUUCCUUGAUGCUCACACCGAUUUGGAAUAUCUGGCUAUAAAGAGAGACCUACUGUACUCAUGGUAGAUGACAAGGAAAAGAACAUGAAAUGUCUCACCUUCUUCUUGAUGCUUCCAGAGACGGUAAAGAACAGGUCCAAGAAAAGCUCGAAGAAAACAAAUCCCAGCAGUAGCAGCAGCAGCAGUAGCAGCAGCAGCAGCAGCAAGUUGCCUCCAGUUUGUUAUGAAAUAAUUACCUUGAAGACUAAAAAGAAGAAGAAGAUGGCUGCUGAUAUAUUCCCCCGAAAAAAAACAGCCAACUCCAGCAGCACCACUGUCCAGCAGUACCACCAGCAGAAUCUCAGUAACAACAACCUUAUUCCGGCCCCGAAUUGGCAGGGUCUUUAUCCCACCAUUAGAGAGAGAAAUGCAGUGAUGUUCAAUAAUGAUUUGAUGGCAGAUGUACAUUUUGUGGUUGGGCCACCAGGUGGGACUCAGCGGUUGCCAGGACACAAAUAUGUUUUAGCUGUUGGGAGCUCUGUUUUCCAUGCAAUGUUUUACGGAGAACUUGCCGAGGACAAAGAUGAAAUCCGUAUACCAGAUGUCGACCCUGCUGCUUUUCUCGCUAUGCUGAAAUACAUCUAUUGUGAUGAAAUUGACUUGGCUGCUGACACAGUCUUGGCCACUCUUUAUGCUGCCAAAAAGUACAUCGUCCCUCACCUCGCCCGGGCCUGCGUCAAUUUCCUGGAGACCAGCCUGAGCGCCAAGAACGCCUGUGUCCUCCUGUCCCAGAGCUGCCUGUUUGAGGAACCGGACCUGACCCAGCGGUGCUGGGAGGUGAUCGACGCCCAGGCCGAGCUCGCUCUCAAGUCUGAGGGGUUCUGUGAUAUUGACUUCCAGACACUAGAAAGUAUCCUCCGCAGGGAAACUCUGAAUGCCAAAGAAAUUGUGGUUUUCGAGGCAGCUCUCAACUGGGCUGAAGUGGAAUGCCAGCGACAAGAUCUGGCUUUGAGCAUUGAAAACAAGCGCAAGGUCCUCGGGAAGGCGCUUUACUUGAUCCGCAUCCCGACCAUGGCCCUGGACGAUUUUGCAAACGGUGCUGCACAGUCUGGAGUCUUAACUCUGAACGAGACGAACGACAUCUUCCUUUGGUACACCGCGGCCAAGAAGCCCGAGCUGCAGUUCGUGAGCAAAGCCCGCAAGGGCCUCGUCCCGCAGCGCUGCCACCGUUUCCAGUCGUGCGCCUACCGGAGCAACCAGUGGCGCUACCGGGGCCGCUGCGACAGCAUCCAGUUCGCCGUCGACAAGAGGGUGUUCAUCGCGGGCUUCGGGCUGUACGGCUCCAGCUGCGGCUCAGCCGAGUACAGUGCCAAGAUCGAACUCAAGCGGCAGGGUGUCGUCCUGGGGCAGAACUUGAGCAAGUACUUCUCAGACGGCUCCAGCAACACCUUCCCCGUGUGGUUCGAGUACCCGGUGCAGAUUGAGCCAGACACCUUCUACACGGCCAGCGUGAUCCUGGACGGCAAUGAGCUCAGCUACUUUGGACAGGAAGGCAUGACAGAAGUUCAGUGUGGCAAAGUCACUGUCCAGUUCCAGUGCUCGUCGGACAGCACCAACGGCACUGGGGUGCAGGGGGGUCAGAUCCCCGAACUUAUAUUCUACGCUUGAGCACGCUUCCCGGAGCAGUGCAGGCUCUGAGGUGCACGCCACACUCCUGCUUGCUUGAUGCUUAGCUCAGCUGCAGAUAUGCAGUCAGCGCAGGUAGUUUGUAAUGAACGGAGCUGUAGGCAGGUUCUGAUUUCUUUCAACCUUUUAAUUAUGUACAGGCAAAAAUGCAGCAUUCAGCUUUUAACUCUAUGCCUAAAAGAGCCAAGUUCUCAUCAAGGCUUGUGGUUCUUACAGUUGGAUCUAUACAUCUGGGGAGAUUUUGAGUUCUUUUCCAACUGCCCCACUGACCUCCCAGUUUUGUCCCUCUUAGGACAAUUUUCAGAUCACCUCAAAUUCCCUUUUGGGCUUUAUUUUAAAUAGGAAUAAAUAGUCUAAAAUAACAAUAACAAGAAUUAUUUUUAAACAGAACCCUUCACUUCCCAAAAAACAGAUAAACCUCAGUGUACAAUUUUGAAAGACGUUUUGCUUGGUAAUUAAUAAUUAAGAAAGUAGACAGUAGUCACUUUACCUUCUUAUUUUAUUUCCUUUUAAAUAUUUUACUUUUGGGCAUUGCUUUUUCUUAAAUCCUAAAUUCAUAAGAUUGUUAAGUUUUAAACUGCAAAGUGUCAAUGUAAAGUAAGAAAUUGGAAGUUUUAGGUCAUGACUUUUGCUACAGACAGAUUUAUAUUCUUUUAGUUUAGAAGACAGAAUAUUGCAGUACAGAGACUUCUUUUAGAAGUAACUAAAUUAUAAAAUUUUAUUGUCAUUAGGAAAAAGUUGCAGACCUAUUAAUUUAAACUAAAAUGGUUUUAAAAGGAAGCCUAAAAAAGUCCCAUACGACAGAUAGUUUAAUUGAUGGCAAAUUAUAAUACAGAGUUUGAAAAAGUCAGACCCUUUUCCCUGCUUAGCUUCUGAUCCCUGCCAUUUGCUGGUUUUCAAAAGUUGUACUGUAUAGAAUUCCUAUUCCCUUUUUCCCAUGAAAAGAGGACCAAACAAUUCUUUAGAUGAAUGGAAUAACAAUUAGUUUUGUAGCACCACAUGUUAAUGUAAUGAGAUAUAUUAUUCAUUGAUUUUUUUUUUUCUUAAUCUGUAAUGUAUUUCACCGGAUCUACUUUGACCACAUUGUAUCUUCUUAGUUAAUUAUAAUUCUGUCCUGUUCCUGGACUGCUAGAAUCUGGCCUCUGGCCAUCUUAAAGUGCCAAUAUAUGCCUGCAGGGUUUUUAGAAAAUGGUCUAGAGCGAUACACUUGGUGAUACCUAAUAUUCACUGCCUCAGCAUCACAUCCAGCUCUCUUAUUUGUCCACGGAUAAUGUAAACAAAGGAGGGAAAAGCUCAUCAAAACAUUCUCCUUCAGCGAAGGCUUGUGCUGGCUUAGUGCCUGUGACCCUGGUGGUGUCCACUGUGUUCACUCCCAGUUGAAGUAUCCAUGUGUUUCUGGGCAGCUUUUCUGCCCAGCGUGAUCCUGAGAUGGCUUCCCCGCCACCCAGAGUGUGGUCACUGGCCGCCUCCUUCUUCUGCUCUGUGAGCCCGAAGCUGGCUCUGGAGCAGGGGUUAGUCCUGGGGUGGGUGUGUGCGUGGGUGCCCGUGCGCGUUCAGGUGCGUGCCAGCUCAGGAACUGUCUCCUCCCUGCCUGGUCAGUGAGGGCUGGGACAGAAAUGGUCCCCCUGCUGGCCCCAGCCGGGCCCCAGUGAGUGACUGCCUGUGCUUCUGGGCCACUUCUCCCCCUGUAGACAUGGGCUUGUCGCUUCGGCUGGCUUCCCUGAUGGAGGAGAACACUGGAUUAUGGGAAAUGUUUUAAUCACCUUUACCAUCACCUAUGUCUGUUAGCGUAGAUGAUCAAAAGCUAUUACGGUGAUUAUAGAUGAGUAUUCCCAGGACAACUUUCCAAAAUUAUCUAACAGUUAUUUCUUAUUAGCAAGAUGACAGUAGUUUUGGCAAACUAUGAAAUAAAGGUACGUUUUCAAUUUAAAAAAUACUUCUACAAAGGGUUUUUUUAAUAAAUUAUGGUUAAACAUUUCGGUAACUCAUAGUUACCUUGCAAAUUGGUAGACUAUAUACCUAAUUGGAAGGCACUAAUUUUUAAGCCAGAGGAGAAUAAACUUUAUUUAGCACUAAUUUCAUCAUAUCAGGUUGUUGGCGAUGGGUGUGAUAACCUUAGAGUGAAGAAUGUUCAUUCAGUAACACCCACGGUCAGUGCUCCUGUUAGUAGCUGCCCUCCAGAGGCUGGGGAACCGCUGGGUGAGAGCCACGUGAGAUCCUGUACACUAGGUGUGGAAGAACUUAAUUUUAUAUUAGUUGCUAUCACCUGAAAAAGAAAAAAAAACAAAACCCAUCCAUCAUCUGAUUGGCUGGUGCCAAGAUCUGUGGGUUAAAUUUGAAAGUUGGAUUUAAAACAAGAAAAUUUUAUCUUUUAAAUCCUAUUCUCCCUUCUGCAUUUUCAGUGACAUGGAAUUAAGGCUAAUGUGCUUGCUUUAUUUUCUUUGGUAAUCUCAAAUUUUGUAGCUUUUAAAACUAGAAACCAUUGUUCUGACAAGGCGGGCAACUGUAGUGUAUAAAUGCAACUUUAUUGAACAAUGCCCUAUAGAUGCUUUUCCCAAUGUACCUGGCAGUCUUUGUCAUUGUUUAUAUCCUGGGGAUAAGGGGAGCUAGGCUAGCAGUUCUAAUGUAACAUUCUUUAAGCAUAUCUUAAUAUAGUAUUUAAGUAAAUGGUCUAAUUUCUACAUAACUGUUGCACUGAACCGUCUUUUUUUUAAGGUGUUUAAAUAAGCUCGCUAAUUCAAGACACUAGCCACUUGUGCAUCAGAGUGCUUGAAUUCAGUAGCUUACAGCAUUAUUUAUGAAGGAAAAAUAUAUAAAUAUGAAGUACCUCAUGUUGAAUGUUAUUGUACUGUAUUUUUAAUGUUAACAGUGCAGAUCUUGUUAGACACAUGAAUGUAUAUAAUCAUGUUAAGUGAAAAUAAAAUAAAACUGGUUCAUA